CAGGCCUCGGGGGCGGGGCCUGGGCACAAGAUGGCUGCCGCACGCCCGGAGCCACAGAGUCCCAGCUCAGCGGCCCCGGAGCCGCGAUCCCCGGAGCCUCCGGACCUGGUCCUGGUCCCUGAUGAUGGCCGCCCGGCCACCCCCCCGAGUGACCUCAUUGAGAUCCAGGUGGUGAAGGUGACAGACACCACGCUGGUACCUGAGCCCCCGGAGCCAGGUUCUCUUCACUGUGCCUUGUGCCCAGCUGCCUUCCGGCUGGUCUCCGAGCUGCUGUUCCACGAACAUGGCCACCUGGCUGGGGUUGAGGGUGGUGGGCAGGGUGGGGACCCAAGCCGGUGUCACGUGUGCGGCCACAGCUGUCCAGGACCCGCCAGCCUCCGUGCCCACUACAGCCUGCACACGGGAGAGCGGCCCUACCGCUGUCCACUCUGCCCCCGAGCCUUCAAGGCCCUGGCGCCUCUGCUGCGGCACCAGCACCGCCAUGGGGUGGAGGCGGGGACCUCUCAAAGGCCUCCGGAGGCGGCAGCGGCUCGAGAACAGCGGCCCGGGGUGCCCCAGGAGAGGUCGGAGGUGGUGAUGGCGGCGGCAGCGGCAGGCGCGGCGGUGGGGAAGCCUUUCGCUUGCAGGUUCUGCGCCAAGCCGUUCCGCCGCUCCUCAGACAUGCGAGACCACGAGCGGGUGCACACAGGCGAGCGGCCCUACCACUGCGGCGUGUGCGGCAAGGGCUUCACCCAGUCCUCGGUGCUGAGCGGACACGCCCGCAUCCACACUGGCGAGCGCCCCUUCCGCUGCACCCUCUGUGAUCGCACUUUCAACAACUCCUCCAACUUCCGCAAGCACCAGCGCACCCACUUCCACGGGCCGGGGCCGGGGCUGGGAGACUCUGGAAACCAGCUGGCAUCGGGGGCUGAGGGGUCAGGAAGUGGGUGUGGGGCAGGAAACACUCUGGAAGAGGGGCGUGGGGAGAGAGCCAAAGUGAAGGCAGAGGUUGACCAGUAGUCUGGGAGAGCAGGCACAAAGGAGCAUUAUCAGGCGAAGUAGGAGGCAGGUGGCAGGGUGGGGGUGGGAAAAGGAGGCUGGGGACGAAGAGGAGCAAUUGGGGCAGAGAUGACAUAAGAGCUAACACAGAUGGCAGUGAGCAGCCAGGUGGGAGAGCAGAGGGAGAACCAGGUUCAGGACCCUCACAAACCCACACAGCACCUCCAUGAGAUUCAGAGAAAGGUACUAAUGCAUCUAAAUGGGAGGGGCACAGGCUGGAUUUCAUUGCUCCGUUUGCCUCCCCUCUGGGUUGUCCCCGUGCAAGACACAGCUUGUCACAGCAGAGUCUGGGCACUGUGGGGUGGGGGUGGGGGCCCGAGUUGAGCAGAAGGGGCAGAACGGGAAUGCACCACAGUGAGCCUGGGCCAGCCCUUCAUCUGCAGAACCUGGACUACCUUGGGGCCUAAUCUUUUGCCUACCUCACUGGAUUGCACUGAACAUGAGAUGCCUACCCAUCCUCAGGCAGAAGACGUCCACCAGCUCCUCCAUGCAGACUGGGAUCCCAUCACCUCAAAGCCAGAGGGUCCCCAAGUCACAGUCUAGAGCGCUCAACAGUCUCAAGGAUGUAAGCCCGACCAUAAGGAUAUUGACUCCAGGAGCGGCUACCCUCGUUCCCAUGGUGGUCCCUCCUUAAGCCACCCAGACUCCUCUUCCAAGGAAACUGAAAACCCGGACUGCAAACAGCCAUCUAAAGCCCCCUCCUAAAGCUUUGGCUCAGAGACCAUGGUCCCCCAGGUCUACAAAGUAGCCUCAAGUUUCUCUGAUUUCCUCUACUCCCAAUUUGAAGCAGACAGCUUACUGCCGGGUCCCAGGCUGUCCCCAAAAAGGCUUCGUGGAUGGCAGCAUGGUGGCCUGGCCAGCAUUUGGUGGGUGUGGAAUAGCUGAGUUACAGUGGUAGGGGGCAAGAGGAGAUGGGAUCUGGAGGUGGGAAACCUCCAGUUCUAUUCCUAUUAAAGGACUUUCUGAAGGGUU